AACGAAUUUCGGUCAGUUAAGAUAUCGACAUGAAGAUCCUGACCAUUUUUGGCCUCACCAUGGUCAUUUUCGCUUGUCAAACGUUGGCAGCUGAGGAAGACCUCGAGGAUGAUGAGGAAGUUGAUUGUCCUCCUGAUGACAAUGGUGGCGACACAUCUGGUAGGGUAUCGGAUAAACUGUGCCCCGAUUUCCAACAUUUACGAAGCUUGAUGGAUCAAGAAAAACUCCAAAAGCUGAUCCAAGUGCAUUACAACUGCGAUGGAAAAUUCCGAAAGGCUAUGCGCUACUAUAACACUACUGGAUUCGAGCAGGUCACUCAGCAGCUGUCCGACACCGAUGCCUAUCAGACCAUCCUGAGGGAGUUCGAGAACGCCAGUGUGUAUACUGUGGAUAUUGAGAGCGUGGCCGCAAUCUUCUACUGCAUCAUCCUUCCUGUACAGUUUCCGGAUAACGAUUGUGAUUGCAAGUCGAUCAGAGGUCAUACCUUUGUCAACGAUGUGCUCGACUUGAUGCCCCAAAUCGAGGUUCACAACUAUAUUGCGGCUUCCCAGGCCAACGGCACAAACUUUGGAAAUUUCACAAAAGCCGUCACCUCGAAGGAGUUCCAGGCCACUCUGAAAGCCAAUAUUAACAAGAAAGAUGUGAUUAAACCUCUGCGCACUCUACGCCGUAAGGGCUGGGAUAUUCCGGAACUACUCAAGGGCAUGCAGACCAUUUUCACCUGGUGACCUGGGCCAAUUGAAACUGAAGCCUCUCGCUUUUAUAUGUAAACCAAAUAUAGCAACAAGUGAAUCCGAA